AUGUCCCGCGUGGAGAAGAAGAGGUUGGCUGACCCCAAGGUGGUCCAGUAUGUUUGGGCCGCAAUCGAGGUCAUCCGCAAUCAGAAACAAAUCGCCAACAUGGACCGCAUCUCCAAGUACCUUAGCCGUAUUUUUGGCAUGCACCCGAAAGAGACGGCCCGUCAGCUGAGCCUGGCCGUCAAGGACGGCCUGGUAGUGGAGACGCUCACGGUGGGAUGCAAGGGCUCCAAGGCGGGCAUCGAGCAGGAGGGAUAUUGGCUGCCCGGGGAUGAGACGGAGUGGGAAGCCGAGAGUCACGACUGGUACUGCUUCCAGUGUCACCUGCCGGGCGACGUGCUGCCCUGCGACAACUGCUUCCGCGUCUUUCACCUCAAGUGUCUGGCGGAGGACGGCCGGCCCCGCGACGCCGGCUCGCACUGGCAGUGCGUCUUCUGCAGGGGGAGUAAAAAGAAGAACCUCAGCAAACAGGAGAUGUGCAAGUACCUCCGCUUCAUCGUCCAGCGGAUGAAAGAAAGGGCCGUGGACCUGAACAAGAAAGGCAAAGACACCAAACAUCCCAUGUACAGACGGCUCAUCCACACUGCGCUGGACGUGGGCAACAUCCAGGAGAAUCUGAAGGAGGGCAAGUACAAGAACUUUGAGGAAUUCAAAGCCGACGCCCAGCUGAUCGUUCACAACACGGCCAUCUUAUAUGGAGUUCACAGUGACCAGGCAGAGAUGGCUCGUCUUCUCUUCAGCGACACUUGUCACGAGCUGAAUGAGUUAUUACUGUGUAAGAACUGUUUCUACCUGUCCAACGCCCGCCCCGACAACUGGUUCUGCUACCCUUGCAGUCCGAGUCAUGACUUGGUUUGGGCCAAGAUGAAAGGUUUCGGCUACUGGCCGGCCAAAGUUCUGCAGAGGGAAGACAAUCAGGUGGACGUGCGUUUCUUCGGCCACCAGCACCAAAGGGCGUGGAUUCCGUCCGACAACAUCCAGGACAUCAAGGUGAGCGUCCAGCAGCUGCAGGUGAAGCGCAGCAAUGGCUGGAAGAAAGCCUGCGACGAACUGGAGGUCUACCAGCGCUUCUUCAAGGAAGGUCGAUUCUGGAAAACCAAGCUGGAGGAAGACUGCGACCCCGAGGACGAGGACGAUGGGGACAGCGGGAGCGAAGAAGCAGAGUCGGGCAUUUCGUCCACCAGCAACGAGCAAAUGAAAAGUAGCCAGGAGCCCAAAGCCAAGAAAAGCCGCCGGAGUCAACAGGUGGAGCUCAAAGAAGAAGACCCCGAGCCCGAGAUGGAGGCGGUGAGCUCAAGCCAGGAGAUCGCGGUGUCCUGCCCGCCACCGGUGCCCGAGAAGCAGUCGGUGUCGACGCAGACCAAGAAGGCCGGCGGCGGGUCACCCCGCACGCUCCACCGCGCCACUCAGACCAGCUCGGACGCCGCCGCCUGCCAGAACAUGUGUCACGAGAAGUACACCAAGGUCUUUAACGACGUCAAGGAGAUGAUGAAGGCCGACAACAAACGCGAGACGGAGCGCGUCGUCCGGGAAGCUCUGGAGAAGCUCCGCGGUGAGAUGGAGGAGGAGAAGCAGCAGGCGGUCAGCAAAGCGCUGAGCGGCGCUCAGGCCGAGAUGGACCGCAAAUGCAAGCAGGUGAAGGACAAGUGCAAAGAGGAGCUGGUGGACGAGGUCAAGAAGCUGGUGGCACAGCACAAGCAGCUCGUCUCCCAGACCAAGAAGAAGCAGUGGUGUUACAACUGCGAGGAGGAAGCUAUGUACCACUGCUGCUGGAACACGUCGUACUGCUCCAUCAAGUGCCAACAAGAGCACUGGCACGCCGACCACAAGCGCACCUGUCGGAGGAAGAGAUGA